ACGAAAACGAAAGUAACAACUGCUGACAACUAAACCUGUCGCUCACUGGAUUUGAUUUCAUCUAUGGUUCAGAAAACAUGUCUAUAGAUGUCAAUUUAGCACAAUGCCUACCAAAUCUAAUAACACUCGCGGGCAUUUAUGUGUUUAAUCAACAAUCCAUCGAGACCAGCAAGAGAUUCUGAGAACGAAGCGCGCGGACUGACAACAAGCGUUACUAAGUUUAAAAUACUGAUAAAUUCUCUUCUUAGUGGACAAGACUGCAAUUUUCAGGGUCAGUUUAGCUGCAGUAUGUCAGAGGAAAGAGGAAAGGACUCUCUCUCUCAGAUGAGUCUCUCAGAGAAACACAGUGUAAGAUCAGGCUCACAUGUGUCCAGCUCUGUGUCUCUGAAGAGUGAUCGCUCUAAAGAUGGAGAAUUACCAAACUUCAGUGAGAAAACACCAUCAUCUAAUAAAAGUGUAAGAUCAGGCUCACAUGUGUCCAGCUCUGUGUCUCUGAAGAGUGAUUGCUCUAAAGGUGGAGUACCACCAGACUUCAGUGAGAAAACACCAUCAUCUAAUAAAAGAUUUCCUGGGCGAGUACAAGACGCGGACAUUCGCCAGAAGUGGGUGAAAAAUAUCAACAGGCAGGAAUGGGUUCCUAAUAACAACAGCAGGGUCUGUGGGAUACACUUCCCUGAUGGCAGACCAACCAAAGAGCACCCAUACCCAGUAUUGCACAUGGGAUAUGAAACUCAUGCUGGACCUCUGCCAUCUGGUCGAGCCCCCCCCAAAAGAAGAUGUCUUGAGCCCCUUACAGUCAACACCAUGCAAGUCACCAGAAUUGCUGCUGAACCUGCUGAUGUAGAGGUUGAUGUGGAUAAUCUGGAGAACAUUCCUCUACAGAAGUGUGAUGUUGGCGUCCAGUGGCCAGAGAUUUCAGAGCACAACUAUUGUUCAAGCAAGUCAACAAAAGACAGUGCAACACAAACAGAUCCUGCACCAUCAAUCUCAGCCUAUGACUUUGAUGACAAAGACAGUAGGUUUUUCACAGGCAUACAUAUCGCCAGUUUUUGGCAGCUUUUGUUUGCCCUCACAAAUUUUUUACCUCAGCCAAUGACCAUUAAGUUGGCAUUGCAUCACCAAUUGUUGCUUGUUUUGAUGAGACUCCGCCUUGGUUUGAUGUUCACAGAUCUAGGAAAGCGUUUUGGAAUAAGUAGGACUACAGCUUGUGAGAUCUUUGCAGUCUGGAGACCUAUACUCGCAAGGUUUAUGAAAGAAAAAAUAAUAGCUUGGUUGCCUAGAGAUACUCUGGAGAGAAUAAGGCCUCAGAGCUUCAGCGUACAUUACCCCAAAGCAACAUGCAUUAUAGACUGUACCGAGAUAUUUGUACAAAGGCCAAAGAACUUAAGGAAACGAGCCCAAACAUACAGCAAUUACAAGCACCACAACACUUACAAAGUCCUAUAUUGCAUAGCUCCCAAUGGCUUUGUGAUGUUUGUGUCCAAAUUGUUUGGUGGGAGGGCUAGUGAUACUUUUAUCACACGGAACAGUGGUCUUAUUAGUCACCUGCUUCCUGGUGAUCAAGUUUUGGCAGACCGUGGAUUCACCAUCACAGAUGUUUUGCCUCCUGGAGUGACAUUGGCCAUACCAGCGUUUACACGUGGCUGUAAAGAACUUCCGGAGCAUGAAGUUACACAGACACGUCGCUUGGCAAAUGUUAGAAUUCACGUAGAGCGUGCUAUUAGACGAUUAAAAGGUUUUAAAAUGUUGAGUAAUAUUAUCCCAGGUAGAAUACAACAUGUCGAUGACAUUGUAACUAUAUGUGCGGGGCUUUGUAACUUGCAACCUCAGUUGAUUCGAGAGGAAACUGAGGGAGAAGCAUCUGAAAUAGAUGAAGAUGAGCAUAUUGACGAGCAAGAAGAAGGUGAUGAAUACUCAUGGGACAUGGCAGAGGACAUUGAGGAAACCCACCUGUUUUAGUAUUGUGUACUGUAAAGUUACAUAUGUGAUGUGAAGAGCUGCCUGCCACGCACAGAAAGAGAGAUAGACACAUGGACUCCAAUCUAAUACAAUUCUAUUUUAAUCGUAAUCUUUCAUUGCUCUGAAAAUCUUUAAUUUCAUGUUCAUUUCAUUUUAUUGUGGUCUCAUUUAACAACUUAACUAGAGACGGUUUUAAUCACAUACAAUAUGUACUAUGAAUAAAUGUAUGUACUAUGAAAAAAAAAAUCUUACCAACAUGUGUUGACUUUAGUUUGAUUCAGUUCACUAUUAUUAAAAUCAAGAGCUACAUCA